UCUAAAUCACGAGGGCAAAGCGAGAAAUAUUGUAUUGUUUUCUCUCGGUGAUACACGAGGAUUUGGCUCCCUACAGGUCUUCCCUAGUAGCUACACGUACAGACACAAGAACUUCUUCAAACCUUUAAUUUCCCGAACAUGGCUGAGGAAGAAAAAGCCGCCGAAGUUACCCAACCGCUCACUACCGGCGAAGACGAAAAUGGCGAAGUUCCUAAGGUAGCGAUUUUAGAUGACUCGCAAGUGAAGUUAAAGAAGGAAGUUAGCGUUCUAAAUGGCGUUGGUUUAGUCGUUGGGGUCAUGAUAGGCUCUGGUAUUUUUAUUUCACCGAAAGGAGUACUAAAGCAAGUGGAUUCUGUAGGAUUGAGUCUUCUAAUUUGGGCAGGAUGUGGUCUUCUGUCGCUUUUCGGUUCACUCUGCUACUGUGAAAUGGGUACAAUGAUUCCUAAGUCAGGAGCUGAGUACUCGUAUCUUAAACAUGCCUUUGGCCCGCUGCCUGGAUUUCUGUACAGUUGGACACUUGCUCUUAUCAUCAGGCCUUCAUCCAUCGCAAUAGUCAGUUUGACUUUUGCCCGCUAUGUCACACAACCGUUCUUCCCAAACUGUGAAAUCAGUCCUCUUCCAGUGCGAAAAGUUCUUGCUGCAGCAUGUAUCGCUGUGACAAUAUUCAUUAACUGCGGAAGUGUAAAGUGGGCCACGCGUAUUACCGACAGUUUUACUYUGGGAAAGCUGGUCGCCAUAGCAAUCCUUGUUAUUAUUGGAAUCAUAACACUUGCACAAGGGCACGUUGAACAUUUACAGGAUCCUUUUGAGGGUAGUAACACUAGUCCUGCAGCGAUUGGUCUUGCUUUCUACUCUGGACUAUGGGCCUAUGACGGGUGGAACGCCCUUAACUUUGUUACUGAAGAAAUGAAAAAUCCUGCCAGGGAUUUACCACGUGCUCUGAUGAUUGGYAUUCCCUUGGUAACCAUCUGUUAUCUGCUGACCAAUAUCGCUUACAUCGCUGUCGUUGGAGGCGAUGGAAUCCUCUCGUCAGGAGCUGUUGCCAUGACUGUAGGUGAUAUGAAACUCGGACCCAUGGCUUGGGUCAUCCCAAUCUUUGUCGCUUGUUCGACGUUUGGCUGUGUCAACGGACUGGCUUUUAGCGGUGCCAGGCUUGUUUAUACGGCUGCACGAAAUGGUCACAUGCCCAAGUUACUAGCGAUGAUCCACACGAAAAGACGAACGCCCAUGCCCUCCAUUAUAUUUAUGAACGUCAUUGCUUUGGUGAUGUUGAUCCCAGAUUCCAGUCAAUUUAGUACKUUAGUCAAUUACUUCAGCUUCGCUGCGUGGCUGUCWUACUUUGCUGUCUUCGUAGCUCUUAUUUACUUGAGAUGGAAAGAACCAGAUGCUAAACGGCCAUAUAGGGUUUGGAUAAUCAUACCGAUUGUAUCUGCAUUGAUUGCGCUCUAUCUACUCAUCACACCUUUUACAAAAGAACCCAUGGAGUCAAGCCUUGCACUCUUCUUUAUACUUCUCGGGGUACCUGUGUACUUUAUUUUCAGCAAGUAYGACCURUUAGGAAAGUGCGGAUUCUGUGCUAAGUUUACUUAUUAUCUUCAAACGCUCUGUGACCUGGCCGUCGAGGAGAAUGGAGUGGAGGAGGAAGAAGAUUGAUAAGCAGCGGUUAUCCCCAACUAAAUGUAUUAUGUCGUUAAGAGAAUUCCACAARAGCCAAACAGCUCGUUAAUUGUUUAUUUGGAGCUGAAGGUACCAUGCAAGAAAGGCGUCUAAARGGGAACAGGACGAUGUUAAAUAAGUUAAUUUAUAUGGAAAUGAAAAUCCCAGAGACACUUAUUAGAACUGUAUUUAUCUAUUUUUACGUCAAAAAUAGGAAAAAUAAGAGUAUUUUCUAUUUUUAUAUUAAAAGUAUAAGAAGUUCUGAGUAAGUGUCUCUUCGACGCAAUUUCAUUGAGAAAAGAAAUUAGUUAUUAAUUCAUUUAAAUUUCAAUAGUCGUUAAGUUUUAAGUUAAACUAAAAAUGAAUAUAGGAGAGAAAGUAAAUCAUUUUCUAGUGAAAGAAUUGAAGCCCUGCCUGAAACGCCUUGGCUCCACAGUUCAGGAAGAAAGGGAAACAACGGUCGCAGUGUACGGCCUUCCCAGUAGUUUYUAUCAUUCAAAACUUUUGUCCGAAGUCACCAUAGUGACCAAAAUAUCUCUCAAAUACGCGGUUUCAUUCGUGGUUAAUAAAAACAACUCUAGUUAAAUAUCAAUGUGCAUAUAUAUAUCAUUUUCCAUGUUUGCGGUUUUAACUUUUCCUAGGGCAUAGACUUCUCACGAGAUAGAUUUUUAACAAUAAGAAAUAUAAGGCAAAGUGUGAAUGAAGUUAUCAGCUGUAUAUCUGCUAGAUAAGCAUUUAAUCAGCGGUAUUCACCCGUCGUACAACCGACCCCAGACGUUUGUCAUAACAAAACAAACCAUCGUAAAGGUACUCGGAUGUCGACUGGUAAAUACUGUGGAAGACUAGAUAUAGCACUGACCGACAGGCAUAAAUACAUUGUAAAACGAGUGAAAAACGUUCUCCCAUUCAUAAAGUMCAAUGAUAAGAUAAUAGUUUUGUAGAUAGGUUAUCCUUUGUAUUGUAAGAUAAUUACUGCARGGUGGGGUCAGAUAGUAAGACAUGUUGGGUAAUAUAAAUGCAUCAAGUAUUGCAAAAGAUUAUAAUAUUGUAAAAUUUUUACAUCGUUGGCGCGUGUCACAUCGAGGGGAAGGAUUAGAGAGGUCGCAUAGUUUUAUCGAACCCUUCUCAGCUUUGCAAUAAAAGCUUUGUAAUAAAAAGUGAGGAGGGUUGGAAGUAUUUAAGAACAAGUUGUUUAGGGCCAACACAGGUAGCAACUAAAUUUGAUUAGGUGUAAAGAUAUAUUAUUUAUUGAUUUUUUUUAUAAUGAUGUUUAUUCGUUACUCCUGCUCGGUUCCCAUGAUUUCCGGUUGUUAGUAUAACAAAAGAGGACGGCGUAGAGAGGAAAAAAACUUGACUUCUUGUAGUUGGUAGUCCCGUCAACGAUGUGACACUCGCCAAUUGCAUAUUCGUGAUUAUUAUACGAAUAAUAAAACAAAGAACUGUGACUUG